AUGGCUUCCCGCACAUUCAUAUACGCUCUCACCCUCCUUACAUCAUGUACAACUGCCCUACAGGUCACGCCGAACUCUCCUUGCGCCUCCUUCUGUGUCGACUCAGAUGAUCUAGACUUCUCCGAUCCGAACUCAUCUACAACAACGAACAAGGACAUCACAUGCUACGACUCGAAAUACUCAAGCUCGCCUGCAGGCCAGAAGUUUCAAAGUUGUAUCACCUGUCUUCAGGAGAGCACAUUCUCUCAAGGCAGUGAGAAUGAUCAGCUCUGGUUCUUGUAUAAUCUGAAAUAUACGUUCGAUUACUGUGUCUUCGGGUAUCCAAAUGCCACCGACAUUGCUUCCACACCCUGUUCGACAUCAACAGCCUGCGGUGAUCUAGAGGCCGCUUUGACUGACGGCCAACUCAAUGCGAACACCCAGGACUAUGCCUACUGCGCUGUUGAUGGCGGAGCCAUGACCGGCCCGGUGGUCUCCAAGUGUCUGUCGUGUGUAUCCGCAUCUGACGACCAGGAGUUCCUGGCCAACUAUCUUAUCGCCCUAGAAACAGGGUGUAAGCAGCAGCCUCCAGCUGGAACGGUAGUCGGGCUGAAUGAUACCGUCUUCUCCCUCACUACGAUUAGUGCUAUUGACCCUAACUCGGAGACGGCUUCUGGACAUCAUGGAUCCACAUUGUCUACGCCGCAAGUUGUGGGUAUUGUCGUCGGUGCCAUUGUUACCGUCCUCGCCAUAGCAGGCAUUUGGUUUGUCUGCGGCCGGAAACGGCGCAACCGACGCCUUCGACUGGAGGGCACAAACUCUCGACGUAGUCACCACCGUCCCGCAUCUUCACUCUCCUUCCGCUGCCAGACGCAUCUAUCGCCACGAUCUCCAGCAUUCUUCCCGAACCCAUCCGACUCAACCAUCGAAGAGGAGAAGAAGGUCUACACCACCACAAACCCCGCUCUCGGGUCUCACCCGGUAUCACCGGAAUCUCCAAUGUCGAGAAGCUCUAUGUGGCAAUCACAACUCUCUACCUCCGGCUUCAAAUCCUACUCCAGAGCAGAAAACAUGUCCCUCUCACUCCACAACAUCACCACGACCGGCCCCGCAGUGCCAAGCAACGUGCACUAUUCGACCUCCCCCAAGGCAGCCCGCUUCUCGCCCAUUGACGAAACACCCGCCAGCACAACUAGCACGUGGAGCACCUCGCAGCUGCUACCUCUCAAGCCCUACAACCCAGCCGAGUACGGCGUCUCGUCGCCGCACCUCGGCAGUGGCAGUGCAGCCGAUGUCUCCACCUAUACAAGUCCCAUCUCUGGCUCGACGGCUAGUCCCCUGUUGAGCCGAGUGUGGGACCAGAGGGCGCCGACGUGGGAGCUGCCGCCGCGCGGUUCGAGCUAUACGCGGCCGAUCGUGACAAGUGCGUUUGAGGGGCCCGGCGCUGCGGGUGCGGGCAAGGGGAAGAGGGUCAGUAAUACGGGGAGCCCUGUUGAGUCGAAGCAGAUCAAUACGAGCUUUGCGGGGCCGCCUACUCGGCGGUAG